AUGCCUAAGCCACUGACAGACCAGGAGAAGAGAAAGCAGAUAUCGGUGCGAGGGCUUGCAGGAGUGGAAAAUGUUUCAGACCUCAAGACUAAUUUUAAUCGCCAUCUCCACUUUACGCUCGUAAAGGACCGAAAUGUUGCGACCAAAAGAGACUACUAUUUCGCCUUGGCCAACACCGUGCGCGACCAUCUGGUUGGCCGAUGGAUCAGGACGCAGCAGCACUACUAUGAGAAAGACCCCAAGGUAAGCAGCCGGGUUGCCGCAGUGACACAGUGUUCCGGUCCCCUCGCAAUCUUCGGCUCGUAUUGCAAGCUUCGGCACGUAGGCCUGCGCCUCUGUCAGACUCCGGGGAAAGGGGGGUGGCUUUCCCAGGGAAAUAUCACAGCGCAUUAUGUGAAAUUAUGCUUUAGUCUAGACUCUAGCCUAGGGAUGCGCUUCAGACGCUAAAGUUACAGAAAUGUUAUGCUCAUAAUAUAAAUUAAUUGAGGGGAAAGUAGACUAUUUAAUCCUCAAUGUGAUUAUGCAGUGAAAAUGGUCAUGGUUGCCAAAUUCCACAUUGAGCGCUCCAUCAAAGCCCAUUGCGAGUUAGGCUACAUCAUGAUGUUGCAUGACUGGAUGAGAAACCAUUCAGUACAUUUCUGUAUAUCUCAUUCUUAAUCACUGAGUUAUUAAAUCAACUGGAGACAGCAUCCAAGAUGGACGCCCGUCUUUCUCAACAUAAUCUACUCACGUUCGCAUACUCCAUUUAUUUAAAAGUUUUUUCUUAAUAGAAAUUCCAUACAUUUUGAAGAAUGCAAAUUUAAAUGUGUUACAUUUUUAAGGAUGUAUAGAUUUUUGUAACACAAAACAUCACAAACACAUAACAAAAAUACAUACAGGGUUUUACAUUCAAAUACAUUUAAAAAGCUUAAAUCUGCAAUAUGCAACUUUUUGGGCGACCGACCAAAUUCACAUAAAAAUGUGAGUUCUAGAUCUGUCAUUCUCAUUGAAAGCAAGUCUAAGAAGCGGUAUAUCUGUUCUACGUGCGCUUCUAUGCUUCCUGUUCUUUACGUAUUUGUGUAUUUUACUUUCCGGUUUGUACACCAGCUUCAAACAGCUGAAAAUACAAUACUUUUGAUAUAUAAAAUAUAUUUCACAGCGGUUUAGAAGGUACAAUGAUUCUCUACACAAUACUUGCUUGUUUUGUCACAUAAACUGAAAUUAGGCGAACUAUUAGAAUUGUAAGAGUAGCAAUAGAUUUCAUUACUUUCUUAUUCUUUCAGAGCAUAUUAUUCAAUGUUGCAAAGUAAUUAUUUAAUUCAACCUUUAAAAAUGUUGAAUAUUAUGUUUUCUUACUUAAAGAAUGUCAUUUUAUGGAUGUAAUAUUGAGCAAGAAUUAUAAACAAAUUCAUCACAUACUGUUCAUUAGUUACUGUUCAUCUGUGAUAUGCUAGAUGCAUUGCUUAAGAUUGAUGUAAAAACGAAAUCCACUGGGGCUGAUAUGCUUGAUCCAUUUUUGCUGUAGAUCUCUGCCCCCUUUAUUGCUGAAUCAUUAACCCAUAUUUUUUACCUGCCGAUUAUAUCUGGUACCAUCCCCAAGGUUUGGUGGGCGGCCCAUGUACUCCCCCUUCACAAAGGUGGUGACCCUAAAUAAUUAUCGCCCAAUUUCUAAACUUUCUUGCCUAGCUAAAAUAUUACAAUCCUUGAUUAAUUCUCAGCGAAGAUCUUUCUUAUCUUUGAAAUGUAUUCUAAAUGUACAUCAGUCAGGUUUUAGACCAGGUCAUACCACUAUCUCUGCUGCAUCCCUAGUUAUAAAUGAUUAACUGUAUGGAUAAAAGGCAACAUUGUGCUGUCUUCUUCAUUGACCUGACAAAGGCUUUCGAUACUGUUGAUCACUCACUGCUAAUUCAAAGGCAUUCCUCAAUUGGCCUAGACCAGGCUACAUGUAACUGGUUAAAAAAAUUACUUGAUAGAUAGAACUCAAUGUGUAUCUACUGAUGGUGUUACAUCAGGUUUCAUGGAUAUUACGAAAGGUGUCGAUUCUGGGUCCUGUACUUUUUACUGUUCACAUUAACAAUAUCGACUUGUCUGUAAAAAAAAAAAUGUAACCUGCACUUGUAUGCCGAUAAUACUGUUGUGUAUGUUAUUGCCCCCACGGUUGACCAGGCUCUAUCUGAACUACAGUCUGUCGUCAUUGUAUUACAGCAAAACUUUAUUGACCUGAAAUUAGUAUUGAAUGCAGGUAAAACAAAGUAUAUGUUGUUCUCUAGAGCGCAUAAAAAUAACUAUGAUGAUUUAAGCAUACAGUGCCUUCGGAAAGUAUUCAGACCCCUUUACUUUUUCCACAUUUUGUUACGUUACAGCCUUAUUCUAAAAUGUAUUAAAUAUUUGUUUUCUUUCAGGAAUCUACAAACAAUACCCCAUAAUGACAAAGUGAAAAGUCUUUUUUUUGUUGUUGCACAUUUCUUAAAAAUAAAAAACAGAAAUACCUUAUUUACAUAAGUAUUCAGACCCUUUGCUAUGAUACUUGAAAUUUUACCCAGGUGCAUCCUGUUUCCAUUGAUCAUCCUUGAGAUGUUUCUACAACUUGAUUGGAGUUCACCUGUGGUAAAUUCAAUUGAUUGGACAUGAUUUGGAAAGGCACACACCUGUCUAUAUAAGGUCCCACAGUUGACAGUGCAUGUCAGGGCAAAAACCAAGCCAUGAGGUUGAAGGAAUUGUCCGUAGAGCUCCGAGACAGGAUUGUUUCGAGGCACAGAUCUGGGGAAGGGUACCAAAAAAUGUCUGCAGCAUUGAAGGUCCCCAAGAACACAGUGGCCUCCAUCAUUCUUAAAUGGAAGAUGUUUGGAACCACCAAGACUCUUCCUAGAGCUGGCCGCCUGGCCAAACCAAGCAAUCGGGGGAGAAGGGCUUUGGUCAGGGAGGUGACCAAGAACCUGAUGGUCACUCUGACAGAGCUCUAGAGUUCCUCUGUGGAGAUGGGAGAACCUUCCAGAAGGACAACCAUCUCUGCAGCACACCACCAAUCAGGCCUUUAUGGUAGAGUGGCCAGACGGAAGCCACUCCUCAGUAAAAGGCACAUGACAGCCCGCUUAGAGUUUUCCAAAAGGCACCUAAAGACUCUCAGACCAUGAGAAACAAGAUUCUCUGGUCUGAUGAAACCAAGAUUGAACUCUUUGGCCUGAAUGCAAAACUGUCAUCAAGGCAAAGGGUGGCUAUUUGAAGAAUCUCAAAUAUAAAAUAUAUUUUGAUUUGUUUAACACUUUUUUGGUUACUACAUGAUUCCAUAUGUGUUAUUUCAUAGUUUUGAUGUCUUCACUAUUAUUCUACAAUGUAAAAAUAAAGAAAAACCCUUGAAUGAGUAGGCGUGUCCAAACUUUUGACUGGUAGUGUAUAUUAUUAUAAUAUAUCAUUUGGGCUGUUUUGGCAUUAAUAAGUGUUGCAUAUCAGUUUGCAAAAAAUAAAAAAUAAUAACAUUGAGUUAAUAAUGCCGCAUACAAACCUGGUCUGUUUUUUGCUUUCUUGAGUAAGGCAUCUCCAAAAUGCAGGUGUUUCAGCCUAGCUCAGUGUUUUCUGUGGUGGUGGGGUAGCCAGCGGAAAAGCGUAGGGGUUGGUAAUGUUCUUUAGUUGCGCCGUGAUUGGCUCAGUUCUGUCACUCAUGGGGACACUACAUCACCGCAAAAUCUACGGGGAGAGCUCGAAAAUUCAAGCCCCUUGGGUGCUGCCAUAGAUUUACAUUAGAAGUGCCCAUCCAAGAAGGCUCAAGGUCAUUGGCCAAAGAUAAAAUGAUGUCAAAUCACGUUAUAUCUACCGUAGCUUUGAUUGGACUGAUCAUGUCAACAUCAUACUUUCAAAAUCUUAGCUAGCAAGCUAGACAAGCAGUCAUCAUCAUUAAUCAAGUGGCAAUCUACUGGCAAAUCCUUUUCAAUCCUUGUCAUAUGAAGAGAAAUUAUAGAUAAAAUGUAUCAGUGCUUAUCGGCCAUUGGACAUAAACAUUACUCAACAAGUUGGAAUUGGCAAAUUCAACAAUGAGUGGUUUGGAAGGAAUCAGUGGCUAACUGCAAGCUUUGCAAAGCAAUCACUAGCCUGCUAUUCAGUGGAGAGGGUGUGUGGUCCAAGUCUGGGUUUAAGGGUCUCUUUUCCAAGCUUAAAAGGAUAAACAUUCACUUGCAACACACCAUGGGCCAGAAAAGGUUGAAUACAUUGGCCAUGCUGUCAAUCCAGCAUGACUUCUGCCACGUCAAAACAACUGGAAACACGGAACUGGGAAAUCUCAGACUUCAGUGAGACAACUGGGAAUUCUGAAAAAAACGAGCUCUGACUGGGAAAAUAAGUUUAACGGUCAUCCAACUCGGAAUUCCAAGUCGGAAACCCGGGCUUCUUUCUAGAGCUCCGACCUGAAGAUCACUGACGUCAUGAUUCAACCUUGUUUUUUUUAGAGUUCCCAGUUGUCUUGAAAGCACCAUAAAUCCAGAGCAUGCCAGACUUUGAUGACAAAGUUUAAUGACAAAAUAUGCCAAGGAGAAGGACCACCGUGUCACCUUCCAGAUGAGGCAGGUCGAGGACAGGCAGAAGUUCAUAAACCAGGUCAGAGUCAGAUAGGUACAGGACGGCAGGCAGGCUCGAAGUCAGGGCAGGCAGAAUGGUAUGGUAGGCGGGCUCAGGGCAGGCAGAAAUGGUUUGGAACCGGGAGGACUAGAAAACAGGGACUGUACAAACAGAAGCACGGAAAAACCGCUGGUAGGCUUGACGAGACAAGACGAACUGGCAACAGACAAACAGAAAACACUGGUAUAAAUACACAGGGAAUAAUGGGGACAAAUGGGAGACACCUGGUGGGGGGUGGAGACAAGCACAAGACAGGUGAAAUAGAUCAGGGUGUGACAAACUUAGCCUACUGUUCUGACUUGGUGAUGCACAUGUAGCGAUAGCCUGUUUUGGAGAAAUGUAAUCACAGAAUUUUGUAAGCUUUCAUUGUCUGCUUAUAUGCCCCCUUUAUUUAUCCUAAGGUUCUGACUUGGUGUACAAGGAGAAUACUGUAAGAACGGCCAAUGUUCUGAAUUAUUUUGCUGUACAUUUCAAAAGUGCUGAACAAAUAGUUAUAUUGACUACGUCCGUCCUAGCUCGCUCAUUAAUGUCUUAAUCGGAUUGGCUCUUAUCCGCUCGUCCUUCCCUUGAUAGCCAGGUGUAUCGGUGGUAAGGAUUCACUCCAUGGUGCUAAAAAGAAAGCUCUGCUGUUGGGACAGCUUUAUGUAGGACCCAACAGUUUGUCGGCACCGUUUGUCACUGUUAUAGUGCAAUUAAGGUAUUGUUUAGUGUUGUGUUGUGGCUUUGCUGGCAUGCAUAAAAAAGAUUUACAUGCUAAAAGUGCCACUGCACAUACCAUUCGAUUUGUAAAGGGUAAUUGAUACAGGCUAUAGCGGUAGCCAACUCUAAUGUCAUAUUAUGAGACAAAAACUCCCCCACCCACUCAGCAACGAAGAGUAGCCUACCCCGUGCUCGCACGGCGACAUCGGUCCAAUGAAUAGCCUAAAAUAGGAUAUUCUACAUGCAACAGACUGAAGACUGAACACACACUCAGGCCAUUAGCGAAGAGAAAGAGCAGGCAGGCCAGCGCGAGGGAGAGAGAGGCAGGGCAGGCAGAACCAUGCGCAUAUGUCUUGGUAAUCUGCAUCUUGCAAUGUCUUAAUUGUCUUGGAUGCCUUGCAAAUUCACCAAAGUAGCCUAAAGUUUGCCUCUUCCUCUCCGGUUUUCAUUUAAAUUACACAACUUUCUCCAGGCCUUUAUAGCCAUAUAGUCUAGUUAGGCUAUAACAUGGAAAAUAAUGUUUUGUGAUAACUGCACUGUGAUGUUAAUUUAUAAUUUUAUAUUAUUAUAUGUUAACUAUGUGGGGGGAAAAAACAUACUUUUUAGGUUAGGGAUUUUUCUUAAUAUUAAGGAUCCCAUUAUGGAGUAACUAUGUUGUUGAUCCAUCCUCAGUUUUUCCUAUCACAGCCAUUAAACUCUGUCAUUGUUUUAAAGUCACCAUUGGCCUCAUGGUGAAAUCCCUGAGUGGUUUUCUUCCUCUCCGGCAACUGAGUUAGGAACCUUGAUAGGAACCUUGAUAAAGAUUACAAAAAUUACUGUAAAAUAUAAUUAAAAUACUGAGCUAUAUUGUAUGUUCCAAAACAUUUGGAAAUUAUAUUAUUUUAUACUAAUACAAUUGCUCAGAGAAAGCGAUUUUGUUUAACAAGUAAUACUUUUUUUCUCAAAAAGGUAGGGGUCAAAAUGAUUGACACCCCUCUUUUCAAUACCUUUCAAUACCUCACCUUGCGAGGAUAAUGCCACUGAGCCUUUUUCAAAAAUAUUUUAUGAGUUGGAGAACACAUUGGGCGGGAUCUUAGACCAUUCCUCCAUACAGAAUCAUUCCAGAUCCUUGAUAUGGCGGCAGGUAGCUUAGUGGUUAAGAGCGUUGUGCCAGUAACCGAAAGGUCGCUGGUUCUAAUCCCUGAGCCGACUAGGUGAAAAAUAUGCCGAUGUGCCCUUGAGCAAGGCACUUAACCCUAAGUGCUCCUGUAAGUCGCGUCUGCUAAAUAACUAAAAUGUAAAUAUAGUUUGUCUGCGCUUAUGGACUGCUCUCUUCCAUUCAAACCACAGGUUUUCAAUGGGUUUCAAGUCCAGAGACUAAUUAGCCAAUUUGAUGUGUGCUUGGGGUUAUUGUCUUGCUGGAAGAUCCACUUGCGGCCAAGUUUCAGCCUCCUGAUAUCUGAAAUCUAUGCCGUAUUCUGAGGCCUUGAACCUCUUGUCCACUUUAGUAGUGUUGUUGGUGAGCUUCACAAAGUCCCCCAGCAUGUAGGGCUCCACUGUCACACAUUCCACCACCUCACCCGCCUCCAAGAUCUGAAACACAACAACCAGCUGCCUAAACAGAAGGAAGGCUCACUUCUUCUGAAGAUUUCUAAACAUUACUAGUGCAUUACAUUUGUCAUUUAGCAGACGCUCAUAGGACCAGUGGAAGUAAAAUAGCCCCAUAACAUCAAAGAUCCACCACCAUCUUUGUAGGUAGGUAUGGGUUUCUUUUUUGCUCAUGCAUACCUGCUGUAAAAUAUGGUGGUGGAUCUUUGAUAUUAUGGGGCUAUUCUGCUUCCACUGGUCCUGGGGCCCUUGUUAAGGUCAACGGCAUCAAUAACUUUACCCAGUACCAGGAUAUUUUAGCCAAAAAUGUGGUUGCCUCUGCUAGGAGGCUGAAAGUUGGCCGCAUGUGGAUCUUCCAGCAAGACCGUAACCCCAAGCCCACAUCAAAAUCCACAAAGAAAUAUGCUAAAUGCAUAUACAUGAAAGAAGCUACAGUGAGGGAAAAAAGUAUUUGAUCCCCUGCUGAUUUUGUAAGUUUUGCCCACUGACAAAGGCAUGAUCAGUCUAUAAUUUUAAUGGUAGGUUUAUUUGAACAGUGAGAGACAGAAUAACAACAAAAAGAUCCAGAAGAACGCAUGUCAAAAAUGUUAUAAAUUGAUUUGCAUUUUAAUGAGGGAAAUAAGUAUUUGACCCCUCUGCAAAACAUGACUUAGUACUUGGUGGCAAAACCCUUGUUGGCAAUCACAGAGGUCAGACGUUUCUUGUAGUUGGCCACCAGGUUUGCACACAUCUCAGGAGGGAUUUUGUUCCACUCCUCUUUGCAGAUCUUCUCCAAGUCAUUAAGGUUUCGAGGCUGACGUUUGGCAACUCCAGGACCUUAAUGUGCUUCUUCUUGAGCCACUCCUUUGUUGCCUUGGCCGUGUGUUUUGGGUCAUUGCCAUGCUGGAAUACCCAUCCACGACCCAUUUUCAAUGCCCUGGCUGAGGGAAGGAGGUUCUUACCCAAGAUUUGACGGUACAUGGCCCCGUCCAUCGUCCCUUUGAUGCGGUGAAGUUGUCCUGUCCCCUUAGCAGAAAAACACUCCCAAAGCAUAAUGUUUCCACCUCCAUGUUUGACGGUGGGGAUGGUGUUCUUGGGGUCAUAGGCAGCAUUCCUCCUCCUCCAAACACGGCGAGUUGAGUUGAUGCCAAAGAGCUCGAUUUUGGUCUGACCACUACACUUUCACCCAGUUCUCCUCUGAAUCAUUCAGAUGUUCAUUGGCAAACUUCAGACGGCCCUGUAUAUGUGCUUUCUUGAGCAGGGGGACCUUGUGGGCACUGCAGGAUUUUAGUCCUUCACGGCAUAGUGUGUUACCAAUUGUUUUCUUGGUGACUAUGGUCCCAGCUGCCUUGAGAUCAUUGACAAGAUCCUCCCGUGUAGUUCUGGGCUGAUUCCUCACCGUUCUCAUGAUCAUUGCAACUCCACGAGGUGAGAUCUUGCAUGGAGCCCCAGGCCGAGGGAGAUUGACAGUAAUUUUGUGUUUCUUCCAUUUCCGAAUAAUCGCACCAACUGUUAUCACCUUCUCACCAAGCUGCUUGGCGAUGGUCUUGUAGCCCAUUCCAGCCUUGUGUAGGUCUACAAUCUUGUCCCUGACAUCCUUGGAGAGCUCUUUGGGCUUGGCCAUGGUGGAGAGUUUGGAAUCUGAUUGAUUAAUUGCUUCUGUGGACAGGUGUCUUUUAUACAGGUAACAAGCUGAGAUUAGGGGCACUCCCUUUAAGAGUGUGCUCCUAAUUUCAGCUCAUUAUCUGUAUAAAAGACACCUGGGAGCCAGAAAUCUUUCUGAUUGAGAGGGGGUCAAAUCAAUUUAUAACAUUUUUGACAUGCGUUUUUCUGGAUUUGUUUGUUGUUAUUCUGUCUCUCACUGUUCAAAUAAACCUACCAUUAAAAUUAUAGACUGAUCAUUUCUUUGUCAGUGGGUAAACGUACAAAAUCAGCAGGGGAUCAAAUACUUUUUUCCCUCACUGUAUGCAAAUAUAGCAACAAGAUAACAAUAUGAAUUUCAAAAGUGGGAUGCAAUAACUUGGUGUGGUAGGCCAAAGUUAGAACAGGCUAAAUUGGCAGUGGCUAUUAGUGAAGCAUUAUAUGUGGGGCAAGCAUCAAACAAUAUAGUAGGUCAAGUUAGUAGGCAAACAAGCAAGCAUUAUUAACUCAAAAGCAGGUCCCAGAUCUGUCUCUAGUAGCCUGGUCCCAGAUCUGUCUCUAGUUGCCUGGUCCCAGAUCUGUCUCUAGUAGCCUGGUCUCAGAUCUGUCUCUAGUAGCCUGGUCUCAGAUCUGUCUGGAUGGCCCAAACAGACUUUCUCUCAGGCUGUGUCUCUGUUUGUCUAGUUGUUGCACAUCGUUUCCGUUCAUUGCUCAAGCCGGCCUUGUGGCAUUCUCUUACCUAAUACCAAAGUUGCAGGGUCUGGAUUCACAAAACAUUUCUUAAGGUUUUCAAAAUCCAGACUCAAUGCAUGGCUCACCUAGUCUCAACCUGCUUCCAAACAGCAGUACAUGGGAAGGGGGGGGGGGGGAUAAUGCACCAAAUGUAACUAUUGAACGGCCAUGCAUGUCCCCAUCUGUCUUGGCUGUCUUGACUGAGUCUGCUUCUGGCACCAAUAACAUCCCUUCUCCUUCUAUAGCAGCUCCUUUAUUGGUCACUUAGCAGGAUGUUACAGUUUAGCACCAGCUCUAUGUCUAACUAUCUAUACCUUUCAGUGCCAAUAUGACUGUGAUGACAAUUUGUAAGUCGCUCUGGAUAAGAGCGUCUGCUAAAUGACGAAAAUGUAAAUGUAAAUGUUAAUACGCAUAAAAAAACAAGUGCACAAAAGGUGCAAAAAAUUAUGUGUCAAUGAACAACUACAUGUAGCAUCAAGAAAACUGAUCAAUGAGUAUGUUUACAUGCACACUAAUAAUUAAAUAUUAAACUGCUUAUGGCAGUAGGCCAGGCACGUGCACAGAUAGGGGUCUAUCUGUGCCUCCCACUUGCUCAUUUGCCCUCCCACUCGCCAAGUGCCCUUUUGGGUGGUGGUAUAAUUUUCUUUUUGUAUACAGUUUUAUUCAUUGUACUGAACCCACUGCCCGCAAGUCGUCAUGACAUCGUCAAGUUUGCCACCCUCUAUGCCCACCCAGUCCGUUUGUUGCGGCUGUUGGUCUGACCUGUACAGAGCUUGCGCGCAAAGGUUAGACGUUCAUCCACGUCCUCCAAACUUUACAUUUCGAAGUGUUUUUGUUGCUCCUGCUGCUCGUAAGUUUAGGCACUCAUUCCGAAUGGUUAAGGUAAGGGUUAAGGUUAGGGAUAGGGUUUAAAAUAAAAAAUAAAAAACAGCUUCCAAGACGAGGAUCGAACACACAACCUUUUGAUCCAAUAUCAUGGGGCCACCCCUGUCCACAACACCCUAGCAAAACCCUAGUGAAACCCAAGCCUACUUGAUGGUAACAGCGCUCACUAUUGCCCCUAGUGGCCAGUUUUGAAGGCAUUUCCCGACGUCCUUAGGACAUGGAUAGACGUCAAUCUAGAACUGUUUCCCAGUCUGCUCUGUCGGUCACGGGUCGAAUGUGUAGCUAGCUACCUAGUUUAAAUAUCAACAGUACUGCAACAGCAGCAAAACAUUUGAUUAACGCUUGAAAACACUUGAUUUACAUCAUCAUCAAUAUUCGGUCUGGUUGGCUGAUACACGCAGCAGAGAGAUGCAGAAAGAGAGAGGAUCGGCUGCAUCAAUGACCCGCUGACUCAACUCCAUCCCUUCAGUCGGGAGUUGGACGUGUGUCAAAGCAGCAGCAACACAGGUAUACUAACCAAAUACUAAAUCCACACAAGGCCAGCCUGUCAUAUAUCAUGAGUUAGAAGAUUAGGAAUAUUAUAUUAUUAAGUUAUUAUUUAAGAAUUUAAGAGCAUUGAAGAUAAGUCACAAUCAGUCAUUUUGAGCACCUGCCCCCUGAAAGGUCUGUGCACGGCCAUGCAGUAGGUUUGACUAUGACAUUACUAGUCAUAUAAACACCUUAGUCGGUUUAGAUUAAUCGGCGUAAAGUCAUAAUCGACAUAAGCAGUUCUCCUGCAACAGGGUGAUCAAGUAAAGACCCUGAGAACAUAUUUGGCCAAUACCCCCAUGCCACCUAAGAAAUAUAUAAUCAUUUGUUUACACUAAUGCUUAGUUGAUAACCCCUGGUCAUCAAGAUUUCAAUUACAUUUUUGGUAUUUGUUCCGUUUCUUAUAAUAAUAAUCAUCCAUUCUUCCCAAAGUCUUCAAGUUUACUAAUGCAUGAAUGCAUUAAUAGCUGUAGUAAUAGUAGUAACACUGCUAUUAGUAAUAGUAUCCAUCCUGUUAUUUAGCGAGUUUAUGUAACCCCAUCUCCACCAAUGAUUGGCAACACCCUAGUCGCUCUAACCUUUUAGAAGGGACCACCAUUGCUGCUAUUUUUAACAAGGGACUAGAUGCCUUUGUCACUUUAUCAUAGUCACACAAUGGGACAGUAGGGAGCUCUGCUUUACAUGCCCUCGUUUGCAUGGCCCCCUAUUGUUGAAAAACCACAUUUGAAAUGUCACAGGUCAAUCGAAGUCUCGGGUGUCGUUCCCUCCUAGCUUUUCAUUUAGGAUACCAAACACACCAUCCUGAUCAAUUAUGUUAUAGCACUUUAUACAACGAGUGAGUCUAAUCCUGAAUGCUGAUUGGUUAAAACCGCAUUCCAGCCGGUGUCUAUUCCACAAGUUACCACCGGCUAAAUCUAUUACGUUAAAAUGCCUAUUUACUCUGUUCCAUCUGACUGCGCAAUCCACUGUAUCAUCAGCCCAGCCAGGCAAUUUAUAAACUUGAUCUCCACUAUAAAAAGCAUCUAGACAUUAUCUCACAUUUCUUUUAGACUAAUAUUUAGUUUUCAACAGUGGAUAAUUGUAUAAACCUUGCUGUCUGUCUCUCCGACAUUUGCAACAUUGUUUCAAUAUUCAAAUUCGAUCUCCAGCUGUCCCAUAGUAAUGAACGUGUCGGGAUUCGGGACGAGACAGACAGGCAGGCAGGCAGGCAGCGUUUCUCAGCCAGUCGAAAUCAUGACUCAGCUGGCAUCAUUUUUAUGGAUAUAUACAAAAAAAUGUCUAUUGAAAAAAGGUAAAACGAAACAAAGUAAAGCUAGUUUGCAGUCUUUCCAGCUUCAGUUUUUGAAGUGAUUGUUUUAGCUGUGUUGUUGGCUAACUCCUCUGAACAACAGUGUCCUGACGAGUGAGCACAUUUUUUAUGCCAGGCAAAAUUGCGCCUCAUUAGCUCAUUGUUAUGGAUGUAUCCAAAUAACAGUAACUAGAAAACAGCUUAAACAAAUGCAAAUGCAGCUACUUUUCUGUUAUUCUGGCUGCACUCUUUGACGUGACUGUAAGUUAACCGUAGUUGGCUAGCUAGCAAGCAAGGGAUAAGAACGUUGCCAGCCAGUAUGGCAAUGGAACAUUUAGAAUGAACGACUGGGUCGCGUCCAUAGAUACAGAACAAAAAGACUGAACGACUGGGCAACCGAACCGAUAGAACGAACGACCAGCUGGCUUGGGUAGCAACCCUAGAUUUGUGUCGGGACUAUAUCUUGUGGAAGGAUAAAAUAGUAUGAAUAAAUUCAUCAAAAUAAUGUUUUUAAUGAAAAUAUGUAGAUCAUUAUUUAAAUAUGUUGGUAACCUGUUGUAUAAAAGUGAUAAUGCCCUCGAAACCUGUGUUUGGAGGACAUGUUGGCACGACUUCGUCUCGGGCCUAACAACACCCAUGCCAAUAUAUCCUCCAAACACUGGCUUCUCGGGCAUUAUCACUUAAGGAGUGACCUUAGAAAUACUGAAGCAGAAGAGUCAUUUGCAACUAGAGGCAAAAAAAUACUUUAGAUCACCUUUACACCACACACAGAGAUGCUUACAAAGCUCUCCCUUGCCCUCCAUUUGUCAAAUCUGACCCUAUCUCAAACAGGAAGUACCAGUGACGCGCUCAAUACGGAAGUGGUCCAAUGAAGCAGAUGCUAAACUACAGGACUGUUUUGCUAGCACAGACUGGAAUAUGUACCGGGAUUCAUCCGAUGGCAUUGAGGAAUUUACCACAUCAGUCACCGGCUUCAUUAAUAAGUGCAUCGAAGACGUCAUCCCCACAGUGGCCAUAGGUUCAUAUCCCAACCAGAAGCCAUGGAUUACAGGCAACAUCCGCACUGAGCUAAAGGCUAGAGCUGACGAUUUCAAAGACCGGGAGACUAAUCUGGACGCUUAUAAGAAAUCCCGAUAUGCCCUCCGACGAACCAUCAAACAGGCAAAGCGUCAAUGCCUUUUAUGCUUGCUUCGAGGCAAGCAACACUGCACCACCAUGCAUGAGAGCACCAGCUGUUCCGGACGACUGUGUGCUCAAGCUCUCCGUAGUUUAUGUGAGUUAGACCUUUAAACAGGUUAACAUUCACAAGGCCGCAGGGCCAGACGGAUUACCAGGACGCGUACUCAGAGCAUGUGGUGACCAGCUGGUAAGUGUCUUCACUGACAUUUUCAAGCUCUCCCUGACCCAGUCUGUAAUACCUACAUGUUUCAAGCAGACCACCAUAGUCCCUGCGCCCAAGAACACCAAGGUAACCUGUCUAAAUGACUAUCGCCCUUUAGCACUCACAUCUGUAGCCAUGAAAUGCUUUGAAAGGCUGGUCAUGGCUCACAUCAACACCAUCAUCCCAGACACCCUGGACCCACUCCAAUUUGCAUACCGCCCCAACAGAUCCACAGAUGAUGCAAUCUCUAUUGCACUCCACACUGCCCUUUCUCACCUGGACAAAAGGAACACCUACGUGAGAAUGCUGUUAAUUGACUACAAUUCAGCAUUCAACACCAUAGUGCCCUCAAAGCUCAUCACUAAGCUAAGGAUCCUGGGACUAAACACCUCCCUCUGCAACUGGAUCCUGGACUUCCUGACGGGCCGCCCCCAGGUGGUAAGGGUAGGUAACAACACAUCUGCCACACUGAUCCUCAACACGGGGGCCCCUCAGGGGUGCGUGCUCAGUCCCCUCCUGUACUCCCUGUUCACCCAUGACUGCAUGGCCAGGCACGACUCCAACACCAUCAUUAAGUUUGCCGACGACACAACAGUGGUAGGCCUGAUCACCGACAACGAUGAGACAGCCUAUAGGGAGGAGGUCAGAGACCUGGCCGUGUGGUGCCAGGAUAACAACCUCUCCCUCAACGUGACCAAGACAAAGGAGAUGAUUGUGGACUACAGGAAAAAAAAGAGGACUGAGCACGCCCCCAUUCUCAUCGACGGGGCUGUAGUGGAACAGGUUGUCCACAUCACCAACGAACUAUCAUGGUCCAAACACACAAAGACAGUCGUGAAGAGGGCACGACAAAGCCUAUUCCCCCUCAGGAGACUGAAAAUAUUUGGCAUGGGUCCUCAGAUCCUCAAAAAAUUCUACAGCUGCACCAUCGAGAGCAUCCUGACUGGUUGCAUCACCGCCUGGUAUGGCAACUGCUUGGCCUCCGACCGCAAGGCACUACAGAGGGUAGUGUGUACGGCCCAGUACAUCACUGGGGCCAAGCUUCCUGCCAUCCAGGACCUCUAUACCAGGCGGUGUCAGAGGAAGGCCCUCAAAAUUGUCAAAGACUCCAGCCACCCUAGUCAUAGACUGUUCUCUCUGCUACCGCACGGCAAGCGGUACCGGAGUGCCAAGUCUAGGUCCAAAAGACUUCUCAACAGCUUCUACCCCCAAGCCAUAAGACUCCUGAACAGCUAAUCAUGGCUACCCGGACUAUUUGCACUGCCCCCCCACCCCAUCCUUUUACGCUGCUGCUACUCUGUUAAUUAUUUAUGCAUAGUCACUUUAACUCUACCCACAUGUACAUAUUACUUCAACUACCUCAACUAGCCGGUGCCCUCGCACAUUGACUCUGCACCGGUACCCCCCUGUAUAUAUAGCCUCCCUACAGUUAUUUUAUUUUACUUCUGCUCUUUUUUUCUUAACACUUUUUUGGUUGUUGUUUUAUUUUUACUUUUUUGUUAAAAAUAAAUGCACUGUUGGUUAAGGGCUGUAAGUAAGCAUUUCACUGUAAUGUCUGCACCUGUUGUAUUCGGCGCAUUUUUUUUUAUUUCACCUUUAUUUAACCAGGUAAGCCAGUUGAGAACAGGUUCUCAUUUACAACUGCGACCUGGCCAAGAUAAAGCAUAGUAGUGCAAUAAAACAACAACACAGAGUUACAUAUGGGGUAAAAAACAUAAAGUCAGAAAUACAACAGAAAAUAUAUAUACAGUGUGUGCAAAUGAAGCAAGUUAUGGAGGUAAGGCAAUAAAUAGGCUAUAGUGCAGAAUAAUUACAAUAGUAUUAACACUGGAAUGCUAGAUGUGCAAGAGAUUAUGUGCAAAUAGAGAUACUGGGGUGCAAAUGAGCAAAAUAAAUAACAAUAUAGGGAUGAGGUAGUUGGGUGGGCUAAUUUCAGAUGGGCUGUGUACAGGUGCAGUGAUCGGUAAGGUGCUCUGACAACUGAUGCUUAAAGUUAUUGAGGGAGAUAAGAGUCUCCAGCUUCAGAGAUUUUUGCAAUUCGUUCCAGUCAUUGGCAGCAGAGAACUGGAAGGAAUGGCGGCCAAAGGAGGUGUUGGCUUUGGGAAUGACCAGUGAGAUAUACCUGCUGGAGCGCAGACUACGGGUGGGUGCUGCUAUGGUGACCAAUGAGCUAAGAUAAGGCGGGGAUUUGCCUAGCAGUGAUUUAUAGAUGGCCUGGAUCCAGUGGGUUUGACGACGAACAUGUAGUGAGGACCAGCCAACAAGAGCGUACAGGUCACAGUGGUGGGUAGUGUAUGGGGCUUUGGAGACAAAACGGAUGGCACUGUGAUAGACUACAUCCAAUUUGCUGAGUAGAGUGUUGGAGGCUAUUUUGUAAAUGACAUCGCCGAAGUCAAGGAUCGGUAGGAUAGUCAGUUUUACGAGGGCAUGUUUGGCAGCAUGAGUGAAGGAGGCUUUGUUGCGAAAUAGGAAGCCGAUUCUAGAUUUAACUUUGGAUUGGAGAUUCUUUAUGUGAGUCUGGAAGUUGAGUUUACAGUCUAACCAGACACCUAGGUAUUUGUAGUUGUCCACAUACUCUAGGUCAGACCCGUCGAGAGUGGUGAUUCUAGUCGGGUGGGCGGGUGCCAGCAGCGUUCGAUUGAAAAGCAUGCAUUUAGUUUUACUAGUGUUUAAGAGCAGUUGGAGGCUACUGAAGGAUUGUUGUAUGGCAUUGAAGCUCGUUUGGAGGUUUGUUAACACAGUGUCCAAUGAAGGGCCAGAUGUAUACAAAAUGGUGUCGUCUGUGUAGAGGUGGAUCUGAGAGUCACCAGCAGCAAGAGCGACAUCAUUGAUAUACACGGAGAAAAGUGUCGGCCCAAGAAUUGAACCCUGUGGCACCCCCAUAGAGACUGCCAUAGGUCCAGACAACAGGCCCUCCGAUUUGACACAUUGAACUCUAUCUGAGAAGUAGUUGGUGAACCAGGCGAGGCAGUCAUUUGAGAAACCAAGGCUAUUUAGUCUGCCAAUAAGAAUGCGGUGGUUGACAGAGUCGAAAGCCUUGGCCAGGUCGAUGAAGACGGCUGCACAGUACUGUCUAUUAUCAAUCGCGGUUAUAAUAUCGUUUAGGACCUUGAGCGUGGCUGAAGUGCACCCGUGACCAGCUCGGAAACCGGAUUGCAUAGCGGAGAAGGUACGGUGGUAUUCGAAAUGGUCAAUUAUCUGUUUGUUAACUUGGCUUUCGAAUACUUUCGAAAGGCAGGGCAGGAUGGAUAUAGGUCUGUAGCAAUUUGGAUCUAGAGUGUCACCCCCUUUGAAGAGGGGGAUGACCGCGGCAGCUUUCCAAUCUCUGGGGAUCUCAGACGUUAUGAAAGAGAGGUUGAACAGACUAGUAAUAGGGGUAGCGACAAUUUCGGCGGCUAGUUUUAGAAAGAAAGGGUCCAGAUUGUCUAGCCCAGCUGAUUUGUAGGGGUCCAGAUUUUGCAGCGCUUUCAAAACAUCAGCUGUCUGAAUUUGUGUGAAGGAGAAGCGGGGGGGGCAUGGGCAAGUUGCAGCAGAGGGUGCAGAGUUGGUGGCCGGGUUAGUGGUAGCCAGAUGGAAAGCAUGGCCAGCUGUAGCAAAAUGCUUGUUGAAAUUCUCGAUUAUUGUAGAUUUAUCGCAUGUGGCCAAUACAUUUUGAUUUGAUUUGAUUUGAACAACACUUCCGCCACACUGACCCUCAACACGGGGGCCCCUCAGGGGUGCGUGCUUAGUCCCCUCCUGUACUCCCUGUUCACCUAUGACUGCGUGGUUGCGCACGACUCCAACACCAUCAUUAAGACAAGACAGUGAUAGGACUGAUCACCGAAGAUGAUGACACAUCCUACAGGGAGGUCAGAGACCUGGCAGUGUGGUGCCAGGACAACAAGAUCUCCCUCAACGUCACCAAGAAAAAGGAGCUAUUCGUGGACUACAGGAAAAGGAGGGCCGAGCAAGCCCACAUUCACAUCGAUAUGGCUGUAGUGGAGCGGGUCAAGCACUUCAAGUUCCUCGGUGUGCACAUCACUAAGGACCUAUCAUGGUCCAAACCACCAACACAGUCUUGAAGAGGGAACGACAACGCCUCUUCCCCCUCAGGAGGCUGAAAAGAUUUGCAAGCUGCACCCUUUUUUCUCCAAACAUAACGAUGGUCAUUAUGGCCAAACAGUUCUAUUUUUGUUUCAUCAGACCAGAGGACAUUUCUCCAAAAAGUACGAUCUUUGUCCCCAUGUGCAGUUGCAAACUGUAGUCUGGCUUUUUUAUGGCGGUUUUGGAGCAGUGGCUUCUUCCUUGCUGAGCGGCCUUUCAGGUUAUGUCGAUAUAGGACUAGUUUUACUGUGGAUAUAGAUAAUUUUGUACCGGUUUCCUCCAGCAUCUUCACAAGGUCCUUUGCUGUUAUUCUGGGAUUGAUUUGCACUUUUCACACCAAAGUACGUUCAUCUCUAGGAGACAGAACGCGUCUCCUUCCUGAGCGGUAUGACGGCUGCGUGGUCCCAUGGUGUUUAUACUUGCGUACUAUUGUUUGUACAGAUGAACGUGGUACCUUCAGGCGUUUGGAAAUUGCUCCCAAGGAUGAACCAGACUUGUGUAGGUCUACAAAUUUUUUUCUGAGGUCUUGGCUGAUUUCUUUUGAUUUUCCCAUGAUGUCAAGCAAAGAGGCACUGAGUUUGAAGGUAGGCCUUGAAAUACAUCCACAGGUACACCUCCAAUUGACUCAAAUUAUGUCAAUUAGCCUAUCAGAAGCUUCUAAAGCCAUGACAUCAUUUUCUGGAAUUUUCCAAGCUGUUUAAAGGCACAGUCAAUUUAGUGUAUGUAAACUUCUGACCCACUGGAAUUGUGAUACAGUGAAUUAUAAGUUAAAUAAUCUGUCUGUAAACAAUUGUUGGAAAAAUUACUUGUGUCAUGCACAAAGUAGAUGUCCUAACCGACUUGCCAAAACUAUAGUUUGUUAACAAGACCUUUGUGGAGUGGUUGAAAAACUAGUUUUAAUGACUCCAAACUAAGUGUAUGUAAACUUCCGACUUCAACUGUAAGUAAACAAACUGGCACUGUUUGCAGCACUCUUUACAUAGGUUAUUGUGUUAUAAAUAACUUUUUUCUUUUGAAACAGUUUUUGGUGUACACUGGCGGUAUUAAUAGAGGCUUGUGAGUUAGUUGAACUCAUUCCAAUGCUCUCUCAGAAAGAGCUGUUGCUUGACUGGUCGCCAAGAAUAGCACUGCUGUUUUUGCCAGCACCUGCUCUCUCCUCUUGGCUACUUGGCUGCUGCCACUAGUAGAAUGAGGCAGAGAUCAUUUUGCAUUUCUCAGGGCAACCACAUGGGGGCCCACUACUGUUGGAUGGCUGAAGGUGUGUUGAAUGUAGAUGAUAUUCUGUACUGUACUGUAUUGCAGUAACUUUCCUUGAUGUACCUUCCUCUGUUGUUCCUCUCUAGCGUGUGUACUACCUGUCCCUGGAGUUCUACAUGGGGCGCACCCUGCAGAAUACCAUGGUGAACCUGGCACUAGAGAAUGCCUGUGAUGAGGCCACCUAUCAGGUGACUGACGGAUAGGCCUUAGGCCAUAGGACCCUUCUGGCCCAUGACAGUGUUCCAUCAUAUUUACCUCAACCUAGUACAUUGUCUGUGACAUACACUCUAGAGGGUAUAGAACUGGCACAUUGAACGUUAAUGACACUGACAAUGAGUGCUUUUUUUCACACUUUAUGCAAGAUUCAAUAAUACUUUCUUAUGUAAGAAUUUCAGGUACAUGGCCCUACUCUGAGAUUGAACACUGCCCCAUCCUCUUGUAUUCAGAUGCAAAAGCUUGACUUAUUACACUAAUGUAGCUCUAUCCUCCCUCCAUCCUAUAAUGUAUAAUGGCUAAUAAAGUACUAUAAAUCUUAACAAUGUAUCUUCGUCUUCAUCAGUUGGGUCUGGACAUGGAGGAGCUGCAGGACAUUGAGGAGGACGCCGGCCUGGGAAAUGGUGGCCUUGGACGUCUCGCCGGUGAGUUCCUCCUCCUCUUCGGCUCUCGAUUAGUCUACCUCACUGCUUCUUCCCCGCACAAAUAGUGUAGCCAAUGACAGUGAUGCUCAGUCAGUGGUCUGGACAACCCUCACCUCAUCUCAUCUCUCCCUCCCCUCCCCACCUGUGCUCUCAGCCUGCUUCCUAGAUUCCAUGGCGUCUCUGGGACUGGCAGCUUAUGGCUAUGGCAUCCGCUAUGAGUUUGGCAUUUUCAACCAGAAAAUUGUCAAUGGCUGGCAGGUAGUUUGACUGACUGGCAAAUUUGACUAUAUUUAUGUACAUGUCUAUGAGUGUAUAUGGUACUUUUCGGUGCUUGUUGGAGUCAUGUGCUUUAGAUGGUCUAAUUAUAUGAUUAAUAAUUUCUUACAUUUUCAAAUUUUUGUAAUCUACUCAUAGUAGAUUCAUGAUGCUGUAUAGUCAUAAUAAUCAACACAUAGUUCAUUGUAGUGAUUGACAUAUCUUCACAGGUAGAGGAGGCUGAUGAUUGGCUGCGCUACGGCAACCCCUGGGAGAAGGCCCGCCCUGAGUACAUGCGACCUGUCCACUUCUACGGCAGAGUGGAGCACACCCCUGAAGGGGUGAAAUGGGUUGACACACAGGUGAGAGACUACAUAAAGAGGAUACAACAUAGAAAUAAUAAUCAUUGCCGACAUAACUAAACAAUACAUGAUCCUGCUAUGUUGACAGGUAGUGUUGGCCCUUCCUUAUGACACCCCAGUUCCUGGUUACAGGAACAACGUUGUGAACACCAUGAGACUGUGGUCCGCCAAGGCCCCCUGUGAUUUUAACCUUAAAGACUGUGAGUUACUUCUGGACUGUUUGGGCCUGUCUGGUUUAUUGCUUAAACCUGCUGAUUCAAUUAUGCAUGAAUUAAAAUCUUUACAACCUUUGUAAUAUUAUUGUCAGUAAUCUAAUUCACCAAUCAGAUUGUCAGGAUUGGAGCUGAAAAACAGUACAGAGCAAGGCAUUUUAAAUGUAUGAUGUGACCAGAGGUUUUUCUACCGUUCUACAGUCAAUGUUGGUGGCUACAUUCAGGCUGUGCUGGACAGGAACUUGGCUGAGAACAUCUCCCGUGUUCUCUACCCUAAUGACAACGUGAGUAGAACCCAGUGUUUAUGUAACCUUUAUUUAACCAGCCAUCAAUUCACUGUUAUGAGGAAUUCAUAAUAAACAAGUGUGAUGGACUGUGGUUCUGUGUUUGACCCUAGUUCUUCGAGGGCAAGGAGCUGCGUCUGAAGCAGGAGUACUUUGUGGUGGCAGCCACACUGCAGGACAUCGUCCGUCGCUUCAAGUCCUCAAAGUUUGGCUCCACUGAGGUUGUGCGUGUGGACCUGUCCACCCUACCUGACAAGGUAAGAUAGAUACGAUAGAUAUCCUUAGCGUCCUAGACUAUGUUGUAACUGGAUGAUAUGUAUCAAAGCACCAUAUAUUCUCCAAAUGUCUUUGUUCAUUGACCACUCUACGGUACUAUGCCAAAGACACAAUGGCGGAGUGUGAGACUAUGCGACCAUAUGCAACAGUUUCCUUCCCUAACUGUAUUGCAUCUCUUGAGCUGAUGUCGUCUCUCCUGCCUAUAUUGUAGGUGGCCAUCCAGCUGAACGACACCCAUCCUGCCAUGGCCAUCCCUGAGCUGAUGAGGAUCCUGUUGGACACGGAGCACCAGACAUGGGAGAAGGUAUAGUGCUGGUCCCCCUGCUUAAGCAAAAGCGUUGCACUAAAAAUAGAAGUUUAAAGAAUACUUACCAGAUGCUCAUGUCUCCGCCCUAACAAUGGGCGUCGUUGUCCCAAAGGCGGGAAAGCAGGUGACAAGCUUAGGUCUAAAAUAAGCCCGUAGAAACACAUUGGGCUUAUUUGAAACCUCUCGCUUCAAACUUUCCUCUCUGAUGCCCCUGAAUUGAUUGACCAAACAUUCACUAAGACAAUUUCCUACUACAUGAAUCGUUGUAUUUUUCCCCUCUCUCAGGCCUGGGACAUCGUUACGCGUACCUGUGCCUACACCAACCAUACGGUCUUGCCUGAGGCCCUGGAGCGCUGGCCCAUCGACCUGUUCCAAAACCUUCUGCCCAGACACCUGGAGAUCAUCUUCGAGAUCAACCGACGCCACCUGGAGGUAGAGAGAAGAAGAAGGAGGGAGGGAGGGAGGGGGGUGGAGUAGGAGAGAGACAGUGAGAGAGAUAGAGAGACCUAAAUGAUCACUCCAUAUUACAGUGUGGGUCAUAGAAUAAAGACAUGGAUCUUACCCCCUCCAGACUGUACGAUUUUAGCCGUCUUAUGCCAUGAUUUUGCAGUCUCAGACAAAAUGUCCGCAUCAUGGGAAAAUUCUUAGGUCGUAAACGAUUGUCAGACAUCUUGGCUCAUUCAGUGUGACAGGGUCCAGGUCUGCCGAUUUAAGUACCACUACGUGUGGUCGUAGGCUCCGACAAAGUUCUGGCAGUGUCAGAAAUGUUGAGCCUUUAUCGUAUAGUGUGGCUGAUGUUACGAGCCAAUCCUGGUGACUGACCUCAGCCACAAGGCCGUCAUUAUAAAUAAGAAUUUGUUCUGAACUGACUUGCCUAGUUAAUAAAGGUAAAAUAAAAAUAAAUAAACAAGGCACUUGACGAUUAUUGUGAAUAGUCAGAUUAAUAUAAUAGUUUGUUUUAAACUUUUUCAUACUUUGCAAGAAGAACGAUUUCCCGUAUAAUCUUGUUUACAUGAUACAUCUGAAAUCAGGCUACCUGGUGGGAUUUUGAUAAAUGUACAAAAUCGGCAAUCAAAAUAAAUGUUCAGCGACCAUGUUCUUUUGGGGAAGCCUAUUUAAUUCUGAGUUCGGACAUACACUACAUGACCAAAAGUAUGUGGACACCUGCUCGUCGAACAUCUCAUUCCAAAAUCAUGGGCAUUAAUAUGGAGUUGGUCCCCCCUUUGCUGCUAUAACAGCCUCCACUCUUCUGGGAAGGCUUUCCACUAGAUGUUGGAACAGCACUGCGGGGACUUGCUUCCAUUUAGCCACAAGAGCAUUAGUGAGGUUGGGCAAUGAUGUUGGGCGAUUAGGCCUGGCUCACAGUCAGAGUUCCGAAUCCUCACAAAGGUGUUCUAUGGGGUUUAGGUCAGGGCUCUGUGCAGGCCUGUCAAGUUCUUCCACACCGAUCUCGACAAACCAUUUCUGUAUGGACCUCACUUUGAGCACGGAGGCAUUGUCAUGCUGAAACAGGAAAGGGCCUUCCCCAAGUUGGAAGCACAGAAUCGUCUAGAAUGUCAUUGUAUGCUGUAGCGUUAAGAUUUCCCUUCACUGGAACUAAGGAGCCUAGCCCGACCCAUGAAAAACAGCCCCAGACCAUUAUUUUUCCUCCAUCAAACUUUACAGUUGGCACAAUGCAUUCGGGCAGGUAGAGUUCUCCUGGCAUCUGCCAAACCCAGAUUCUUCUGUCGGACUGCCAGAUGGUGAAGCGUGAUUCAUCACUCCAGAGAACGCAUUUCCACUGCUCCAGAGUCCAAUGGCGGCGAGCUUUACACCACUCCAGCAGACACUUGGCAUUGCGCAUGUUGUGUGGCUGCUCGGCCAUGGAAACCCAUUUCAUGAAGCUCCCGACGAACAGUUCUUGUGCUGACGUUGCUUCCAGAGGCAGUUUGGAACUCGGUAGUGAGUGUUACGCGCUUCAGCACUCGGCAGUCUUGUUCUGUGAGCUAGACAUUUCCACUUUACAAUAACAGCACUUACAGUUGACCGGGGCAGCUCUAGCAGGGCAGAAAUUUGACAAACUGACUUGUUGGAAAGGUGGCAUCCUAUGAUGGUGCCACGUUGAAAGUCACUAUGCUCUUCAGUAAGGGCCAUUCUACUGCCAAUGUUUGUCUAUGGAGAUUUCAUGUCUGUGUGCUCGAUUUUAUACACCUGUCAGCAAAGGGUGUGGCUGAAAUAGCCAAAUCCACUAAUUUGAAGGGGUGUCUACAUACUUUUGUAUAUAUAGUGUAUAUUUGUAUGUGAAAACUACUUCUAAAAUGCAUACUUUCAGUUGUUCCGAAUUCACUUCACUCGCACAUAAGCAUAGAGUGAGACUUGUGCUGCUGGUGCUGACACAUGCAGAUCAAAUAAACUGCUGCAGUUUACGUAGCCUAUGUCAGCUGAUAUAGCCUCACAAGCCAAUCGCAGAAUGUGACGACAGAACUGGAGCAAAUAUUACAAUCUGGCCAGGUUGAUAUCAAGAUUUUAAUUUGGGAACAUUGCACAGUUUGACGUGAUAAAAUACUGAAUCCGACGUACAGUCUUCAGGGCCUUUAGAGGAUUAAGAGUUAGAUGCAGUCCAAAACAUUGCCUCAAUAUUUAUGUGCUAGCAUCUCUCGCUAACGUGAUCAAAACAGGAAGGGCUGUACAACUACUAUAAAAUCCUUUGUCCCUUCUCCCUCAGCGCAUUGCUAAACUCUACCCUGGAGACCAUGACCGUCUGCGCCGCAUGUCCCUGGUGGAGGAGGGCGACCAGAAGAAGAUCAACAUGGCCCACCUGUGCAUCGUGGGCUCCCACGCUGUCAACGGAGUGGCCCGCAUCCACUCGGACAUCAUCAAGGCCACUCUGUACGAAAACCGUUGUUUUAUUUUGCCGUUAGCUAUACUGUACUUUGCUAUCCCAUUGAUCAAGGAGAUGUAGAGUGGCAUUUGAUCAAUCGCUCAUUGUGUCCCCAGGUUCAAGGACUUCUACGAGGUGGACCCCCACAAGUUCCAGAACAAGACCAAUGGCAUCACACCCCGACGCUGGCUGGUCAUGUGCAAUCCUGGACUGGCUGAAGUCAUCGCAGAGGUAUGUGGUGGAGAAUACAGCUAAAGUGGAGGAAGAGUGGCUGUAACAGUAGGGUCAAUAUCACCAUAAGGUGCCUUUGAGACUUCCCCAUUUCCCCCCAAAAAAGCUGAGAUUUUCCAUUGAACUUCAUAUUCAUUGUAUUAAGUAUAUGUUAUGCUGUUAGAAAUGCAUAUUGGUCAAGCUCCCACACUUUUUAUAAAUUAACUGCAAGCAGACAAUUUACAUGCAAACAGCAAAAUAUGUCCACCCUGUCAUGGACAAUUUCAAAGCAGAAUAAAUACAUUGUAAUUACAUAGUGAUUAUAAAACGUACAUUUUCAGAAAACUAUUUAGUCACUUUCUCAACAAUAUAUUUUAGUUUAUGGGAAAAGUAUUUGGAUAAUAAUGAAAUUAUGGCAAACUAUUUGUUUCUCUAUAAAAUCUGCGAGAGUUGCACUUUCUUUUCUAAAUAAAAUCUAACAAAAAAGAUAUCUGGUCAAACUUUCAAACAAUACUAUUUGGCCCUCAUUUGUUUAUAAAGGAAUCACACAAAAGAUUUUGCUAACUUGUGAAAAUAAUUUGUUUAUUUUCAUAGAACAUGAAAAUAACAGGGUGGACAGUGACAUGACAGGGUGGACCCUGGGCAUGACAGGGUGGACACGUUGUGAAAUGUCAUUGAAUGGCCUCAUAAAUGCAAGGAACAAUGCAAGAAAAUGAUGUAAAAAAUGCCUUUUCCCAUGUAGGGGGAAAUUACAAGUUGAACAGACUGUUUUUGAUCCACUCUACCUGCAUGCAGCCACUGAAUAAAGAUGCCCAAAAUGAGACAUUAAUGUGGCCUUCUAGCGUUAAACUCUGUACAUCAUUCUUCAUGGUACCACUGUGGCCGUAGCUAAAACUGCAUUGACUCACUGUGGCCGUAGCUAAAACUGCAUUGACUCACUGUGGCCGUAGCUAAACCUGCAUUGACUCACUGUGGCCGUAGCUAGACCUGCAUUGACUCACUGUGGCCGUAGCUAGACCUGCAUUGACUCACUGUGGCUGUAGCUAAACCUGCAUUGACUCACUGUGGCCGUAGUAGCUAACAGGGUGUAGUAACAUCAGUCAGUGGUGUGUUUUCUGUUCUCUUUAGAUAAACAGAGAGCUCUGGUGGAGUUGAACAAACCAGUCUGGCAGCAGUGGUACAGUCCAAAGACUAAACCUCCUGAAUGGUACCCUAUCCCCUUUAUAGCGCAAUAGUUUUGACCCUAUGGGGCACACUGACACCAAUGGGCCCUAGCCUGAACAUCUGCUCUGUUUCUACUGAGAACUGUCUAACUGGUGUUGUCUGUGUCCCAGAUCUGUCUCUAGUUGCCUGGUCCCAGAUAUGUCUCUAGUUGCCUGGUCACAGAUAUGUCUCUAGUUGCCUGGUCACAGAUCUGUCUGGAUGGCCCAAACAGACUUUCUCUCAGGCUGUGUCUCUGUUUGUCUAGUUGUUGCACAUCGUUUCCGUUCAUUGCUCAAGCCGGCCUUGUGGCAUUCUCUUACCUAAUACCAAAGUUGCAGGGUCUGGAUUCACAAAACAUUUCUUAAGGUUUUCAAAAUCCAGACUCAAUGCAUGGCUCACCUAGUCUCAACCUGCUUCCAAACAGCAGUACAGGGGAAGGGGGGGGGGGGGAUAAUGCACCAAAUGUAAAUAUUGAACAGCCAUGCAUGUCCCCAUCUGUAGCCUAUUGGCUGUCUUGGCUGAGUCUGCUUCUGGCACCAAUAACAUCCCUUCUCCUUCUAUAGCAGCUCCUUUAUUGGUCACUUAGCAGGAUGUUACAGUUUAGCACCAGCUUUAUGUCUAACUAUCUAUACCUUUCAGUGCCAAUACGACUGUGAUGACAAUUUGUAAGUCGCUCUGGAUAAGAGCGUCUGCUAAAUGACGAAAAUGUAAAUGUAAAUGUACCAACAGAUGUCGUCCCGAAGACUUGGCCAUUUGAACUUGUUUAUGCCAUGGCGUUGCAUACACUUAACUUUCACACUGUGCCCUUCUGCAUCCAUGAUGAUACCUGGGUAUGCUUCAUUGUCAUAAUUAACGACGCACCACUCUCCAAUGUGCUUUACCUCAAUCAUUUCUGGUCUCCUAGGAUUAUCUGGUGUCUUUCCACAUGCUGGGGACUUGUCAGAUGAAACAGGAACAUUAGCUAGAGUGACCUCUUGAAGGUUAAAGCAGGGGCAGUCCAAAACACCUUCCUCCCUUUUACACAGACAUGAAAUGUCUCUGUAUUUCAGUUGGCCGGGUGUCAGACUGAUAGCUUGGUGGAUUCUCAUAGUGCCUUUUAUGGCAGCUAUUGCAGGUACCUCAGGCUUUGAUUCAAUAUCCCUCUCUGGGAUGAAGAACAGCUCGACAGAUGUGUCCAGGCUUUUCAGCUUGUUAUACAAGCUCUGGGCAUCAGGAAUGUCUCCUCCAUGGGCUACAAUCCGGUCUGCUGACCUCUUGAGGGCCCCACCCACACCGUCUGGUGCCCCCUUCCCAUGAUUAGCCUCAAAGAAAUUCCACGUUAUUUCUUUGAAGCCAUACUUGUAGGGUUCCGUUGAGAGGUAGAAGAAAUUUCCCUUUUGUCGAUACUGCGUUGCAGGCCCAUCGCUGAAAAAAUGAAGUGUGCUGACUUGAGGGUGUCGUUCUCUCACUACCUUCAGAACUGGAUCAAGGUGGGCCCAGAUGGCCACAGGGUUGUGUCUUCUGGAGGGUGAUAUGGAGCAGAAGGUGUGUGGCGCUUGUUCACCAGUGGUGUAGAGCACUCCAGUGUGCAGACUGGCCUGCUUGUGUGAGCCUCCAAAAUGCACAGAUUGUAUUUCUUCGCUGUACUUACAUGAGUAAUUUUCGCUAAAAUCUAUAUGCAAGAGGGACUCAUUGUGCUUCAGACUCCUCCUGAGCUCCCUGUAGGCAUCAAACUGCCAUUUAAUGUUGAAGACAUGGCUCCUAAAAUGGAGAAGCCUCUCCUGGAAAUCUGUGUUAAGCCAAUGAUCUAACCUGGAGGGCCCUGGCUCAUGCUGAUUUUCAGGAGUUUCAGCAGGGGAGUUGGGUGGUGUCUCUGACUGUAGCAAAGCACUGGCCCUGUUUCUGGCUCUGGCUUGACUUUUUGCCUCUCUCCAUUUCUUUCUUUUUGCCCUCUUCUCUCUCUCACUGAGCUCAUUGACACCCUUCUUCUUUCCAGUCUCUCUGUCUUUUUUCCAUUUGACCCUUUCUUUCUCAAGGUACUUUCUUCUUCUGUCUGGGUCAGCAUCACGACGUUCCCGAUAUCUCCUUGCUAUCUCAACUCCUUUUGAUCUCAUUCCUUGAAAAAUACGAUUCAAAAUGUUCCCUUACACACUUUAAUUGGCAGUCCCGGUAAACUAGGCUUGCAUUAUCAAACUAGGUUUGCUGAUACCGAUAUCGGCAAAAAAAUUGUCCAUAUUGUCCAUUCUUACUAUGUAUAGCAUGUACUGUUAUAAAAUGUGUGUAAUAGCUGUUGUAAUAUGUGUAACAUUAUCAGUAUGUGGCCUAAACUAUGCACAUGUCCUUCCUGUCAUGAACCAUGUCCACCCUGUCAUGGAAGGCUUGCUGACAGGGUGGAAAAUGACAGGGUGGACAUUUUUGGCUAAUGUUAGCAUUUAAUGAGCACAUGGUGGACCUUCACUUAGCAACAUACUACAGUUAGCAAGCUGACUGUGUACUGUUUUACAAAUAUAUUUCAAUGUUCUGAUAGGUUUUUCUAUCAAUUGAUAUUUCACUAUGACAGAGUGGACAUGUUAAGCUUGACAACAUCCAACUACACACAUAAUAUGAUGAAAAUUAUGAAACAUAAGUGUAAAUACUUACUCUGCAACUAGACACUGCUUCAGCCUUCAUUGAAGAAAGACAAAAUGCUCGUAGUGAUGUCACUGAAAACAUCAGUGGGUUUCUUAAAGGGGCAGUUACCCCAUAAUGACAGGGUGGACAGCAAUUUCAGGGACACAUGCAAAAUGUUCAAUAUGAUUAUGAAAAUACAAUAUACAUGAUCAAAAUUACUUGUUUUAUCAAAUAACUUAUUGUGGACAGUAAAACCAUGUAAAAAAAAUGUGGAUUUAGUAUCAUUUAACCACUUAUUACACACACUGUAGUUAGCAGAGCAGUGUGUGGGACAUGCCAAAAUCACGUACAUCCAAUGAAAAAAAAUUAAUAAAAUGAAGGAAACACUUUUUUAGAGACUUAUCAUUCUACUGAUAUGUGUGCAAAUGUUUGGCCACUUAUAAUAAGACCUCAGACUUUCAUUAUUCUGCUCCAUUUUCAUGAUGACUGAGUGAGUCUGAUGAGGACACCAAAGGCACCUCAUAGUGAUAUUGACUCAGUAGUGUUUGAUAUAAUUCUUCUAAACAUGGGUCUUUCUGAAUGUGCAGAGGAUUGGUGAGGAUUACAUCCGCGAUCUGGACCAACUGAAGAAUUUGCUGAAGUUUGUGGACGACGACUCUUUGAUUCUGGACAUCGCCAAGGUCAAACAGGUCAGAACACAACAGUCUCUUUUAAUAUGUUGUCAGUCAUUUCAGUCACCAUCUCAGUCUGAGACAAUGACUAUCACUCCUCCUAACACCUGUUUCUAUCUGUAGGAGAACAAGCUGAAGUUUUCUGCUUAUCUCGAGGAGCACUACAAGGUGAAGAUCAACCCAAACUCCAUGUUCGACGUUCAAGUCAAGAGGAUCCACGAGUACAAGAGGCAGCUGCUCAACUGCCUGCACAUCAUCACUCUCUACAACCGUGAGUGGUACUCCAUUCUUUCACAGCUCUAGUGAGAGACAUUAUUCAGUAAACCAAGUUAACCUGUCUUCUUUUUCAAUCAGGCAUCAAGAAGGAGCCCAACAAGAAUUGGACCCCCAGGACUAUCAUGAUUGGAGGAAAGGUGAGCAGCAAUUAAAGUGUGAUUACAUCACAAGGAUACACAGUGUAUUGUAAAAAUCUUAGUCAUAAGAUAUCUUUGUUAGCCUGGUCUAACUGUUUGAGCUGUCUUGCGGUUACGAAACCCCUACCUGUCCCAGACCUGCUGUUUUCAACUCUUAAUGAUCGGCUAUGAAAAGCCAACUGAGAGACCUGAGCCCUAGGACCAUACGUCGGGACUACCGGCCGUGGUGACUCCUUGCUGUCCCCAGUCCGCCUGGCCUUGCUGCUAUUCCAGUUUCAACUGUUCUGCCUGCGGUUAUGGAACCCCUACCUGUCCCAGACCUGCUGUUUUCAACUCUUAAUGAUCGGCUAUGAAAAGCCAACUGAGAUUUAUUCCUGAUUAUUAUUUGACCAUGCUUGUCACUUAUGAACAUUUUUGAACAUCUUGGCAUGGUUCUGUUAUAACCUCCACCCGGCACAGCCAGAAGAGGACUGGCCACCCCUCAUAGCCUGGUUCCUCUCUAGGUUUCUUCCUAGGUUUUGGCCUUUCUAGGGAGUUUUUCCUAGCCACCGUGCUUCUACACCUGCAUUACUAGCUGUUUGGGGUUUUAGGCUGGGUUUCUGUACAGCACUUCGAGAUAUUAGCUGAUGUACGAAGGGCUAUAUAAAAUAAAAUUGAUUGAUUGAUUGAUCUUGCCAACUCCUAUGGAGACAACGACUAUCGUUUUUAAGAUCUGGGACCAGGCUAAUCUUUUGUGCCCUCCCUGUAUGAGAUUUUGGCAUCCAUGUGCUUCCGUAUGUUUCUCUCCAUUUUUCCCAGGCUGCCCCUGGUUACCACACUGCUAAGCUGAUCAUCAGGCUGAUCACGGCCAUUGGAGAUAUUGUCAACGACGACGAGGUGGUGGGCGACCGCCUCAAAGUCAUCUUCCUGGAGAACUACAAGGUCACUCUGGCCGAGAAAAGUAAAAAAGUCACAUAAUUGUUGCUUCCUUUAUUUAUGCUCCCAUAGGAGCUAAGUGACCCUCCACGUCUACCUUCUUUGUUUCAGACUUCGAGCUAGCUAGCGCCCGCCAAAUUUUGUUAAUGGUUCUAAGACACAUUUUUCUCUGCCUGGUCACAUCUCUCUAUUUCUGUUUAUCCUUGUCCCUCUCCCUCUCUCUCCCCCCCACCCCCAUCUCUCUCUCUCUCUCUACUCAGUCAUCCCUGCGUCCGACCUAUCUGAGCAGAUCUCCACAGCUGGCACAGAGGCGUCUGGAACUGGCAACAUGAAGUUCAUGCUGAACGGAGCGCUCACCAUCGGCACCAUGGACGGAGCCAACGUAGAGAUGGCUGAGGAGGCCGGGGAGGAGAACCUCUUCAUCUUCGGCAUGAGGGUGGAUGACGUGGACGCCAUGGACAAGAGCGGGUCAGACAGUGGGGGGGUGUGAGUGGGUGGGUGGAUGGAUGGAUGAAGAGGUUCUGGUCAGUGAUGGUUGAGAAGACAAAAAGAUUGGCAUUGGAUGAUAGCUAUGGAGAGAACUUUUGGAUGACAUGGAAGGAUGCUUGCUUGGUAAAGUUUGGUGGAGAAGCCAAUACAUUGGGAAUGGUGAAGGAUAGAACGGAAGGAGAUUUUGGGGGGGAUGACUUGGAAAUGAUGAUAGCUGUGGUGACAUAAUGGAAAAAAUUAUGUUUUAUCUUCUUUAUUAAUUUAUCCAUCUUCCAGAUAUGAUGCCAUGGAGUACUACAAUCGCAUUCCUGAGCUGAAGCAGGCCAUGGACCAGAUCUCUGGUGGAUACUUCAGUCCCGACCAGCAUGACCUCUUCAAGGACAUUGUCAACAUGCUACUGCAUCAUGACAGGUGGGGGAAAACACUGAGUCACUGAAAGAAUACCCAAAAUGCUGACACACUGUACUCUACCGUUAUACACGCAGCCAUACAAUGUCAAACCGAGCAUGAUGUUUGUGUUGCAGAUUCAAGGUGUUCGCUGACUACGAAGCCUACAUCAAAUGCCAGGACAAAGUUAGUGCUCUCUACAAGGUCAGUGUUUCAUUGACUGAAUUAUUAUUAUUAUUUUUUCUUAAUUUCUUUCUUUUUUGUAAAGUGUAUUGAGACCUGUUUAAAUGCACUGUAAAUAAAAGGUGACUUGACUAUUCCCCUGUCAAUUCUAAGAGUUUUCCCACAUAUAUAACAUAACAGUAUUCCUUCCUUCUGCAAUGGUUUGAAUUCCCCUCUCUUCCAAUCCAUCCCAACAGAACCCUAAAGAAUGGACCAAGAUGGUGAUCCACAACAUCGCCGGUUGUGGUAAAUUCUCUAGCGACCGCACCAUCUCCCAGUAUGCCCGGGAGAUCUGGGGCAUGGAGCCCAGCCUGGAAAGGAUCCCUGCCCCAGACGAUCCUCGCCAAUAA